AAGUUAACGUAAAAGGUGAAGCACCCCUUUAAAAUAGACAUAGUUUCCAUUCUCCCGGGGAUAAAACCUCCCCAUCGUACGGAGUCACAACUGUGCUAUUUCCUCUGCACAAGGGCCAAACCUGUGCUGGAAUGUCAGAAAUCACUGGAGAAAUCUGGAUGGGUUUCCAAUUGCCCCUGCGGUGUUUGUUUUGCUGCCUAGGAGUAUAAACACUUGGAGCUGGAUGGAGCUGGGAGGCGCGAAUAAAAACCACAUCACAUUCCUAAUCCUCGGCAAGGUGCUGGUUUGGUGAAUGUUCCUGGAUUACUAUGGACCUGGGGAUUCUAAACAGAUUCCUGGUACUGCUUGUCUACUGCUCCCUCCCACAGAUUUGUGCUCAGCUCUGCCGAACCCCAUGUUUCUGCUCUUGGAUCCAACCAAGGUGUCCCCCCGGGGUCCCCAUCAUUGUGGAUGGUUGCGGUUGCUGCAGAAUCUGCGCUCGUCAGCUUGGAGAAUCAUGCGAUCGCCUCUAUCUGUGCGAUGAGUCAAAGGAGCUUCUCUGUGAUUAUGCCACCGGCAGUAACGGGAGAGGAACAUGCAACUAUAACUAUGAUGGCGGCUGUGAAUAUAAUGGGAAGGAGUAUAAAGACGAAGAGGUAUUUCAGCCCAGCUGUAAGUUCCAGUGCAAGUGCAUGGAUGGUGGCGUCACUUGUACCCCUCUCUGCAGUGAAAAUGUCCUGCUCGCUACGCCAGAAUGUCCCUCUCCAAGACGGGUAGAAGUUCCGGGGAGGUGUUGCUCUGAGUGGAUAUGUGAUGAGGAACAACAAAGCCCAGUUUCCAACAGUCUUGAAAAAGAAAGAUCCAUUGUAUCACAGGGAAGGUCGCAGAUUAAGCCGCUCACUUGCACAGAAUGGGGCACCCAAUGGAGCUCAUGUUCCGUCAGCUGCGGGUUGGGCGUGUCCCUGCGGGUGUCAAACAGGCAUUCCCUCUGCAGGCUGGAGACCCAAGUCCGACUGUGUAUGGUGAGACCCUGCAGGAAUAGCCCGACAGGAGCUGCUUGCACUCCCACCGUCCAUUCUGAGCACCGGCUGAGAUAUAAGACCGACGACUGUAUCAGCCUCAGGGAGUUCCAGCCAACAUUCUGCGGCCUGUGCCCCGCGAGACACUGCGUGCCGUAUCAGACUCAAACUGAACCAGUUGCCUUUCGUUGCCGCGGGAGCUUAACCUGGAAACGGAUUAUGUCCAUUAUUUCCUGUGUGUGCUAUUAGUGGGCCUAACCGAGCCUGAAACCAAACCCAAUAAAUCUAUUUGUAUUGUACCAG